AUGUCCAACGAUAUUUCAACUUUCCUGUCAACAAUUCUGUCUGAAGAGCAAGAGCUCCAAUUUGCCGCUUUCGAUUCUUCCAAUGCACUCGAACUUGGUCUUUUAAUUGUCAAAAAUGCCAAGCAAAAGGGAUAUCCUGUAGUCAUACAAAUAACUAUAAACAAUUUUCUGCUGUUCCAUUACGCAAUGUUCGGCACAACUCCUGUCGAUGUGGAAACCGCAAGUAGUGUAGGUGCGAUUGUUAGCAAGUACCAUCAUUCGAGCGCGUAUGUAAAUAUAAACGUGGAGAAUGGAUUAAGCGGUGGCGGAUUUCCAUUGACUAUUAAAGGUACGGUUAUUGGAAGCAUCGUCGUCGCUGGAGCCGUUGCAAAGGAUGAUUAUGAAUUGGUUGUCGGGACGUUGAAGGAGUAUUUGGGAAUGGAAAAGGAAGGGAAGAAUAAAGUUGAAUGA